CUUGUAAUGGGGCGCUCACGUGUAACGGGCUCGUGAAGGGAGGGGCGCCAGCAGACGUUUUCUACAUCUGUUUUCAUCGUUCAAAAUCCUCUGAAAAAAGACGAAGCAGCGAUGGCAGAGGCUCAUCAGGCAGUAGCGUUCCAGUUCACCAUCACACCAGAAGGCAUCGACCUGCAGCUGUCCUACCAGGCCCUGAACCAGAUCUACCUGUCGGGGGUCCGGUCCUGGAAGAAGCGAGUCAGCCGCAUGAAGAACAGAGUGAUAAAGGGAGUGUAUCCUGCUAGCCCGUCGUCCUGGCUCUUUGUUGCCAUAGGGAUCCUGGCUACCAUGUAUAUGCAGUCUGAUCCCAGCAUGGGGCUCAUCGCAAAGAUACAGCAGCAUCUUCCUCUGAGACUGCAUGUUUCUCUGAGCAGUCAGGGUCAAACCAUGGUGUCAGCUCUGGUCUUCAGCACCCUGCUGUGGCUCUCCCUCAUCCUCGCCCUGCGCUUCUGCCUCAAGCUGCUGCUCUCCUACCACCACUGGAUGUUUGAGCAGCAUGGGAGAGUCUCCAACACCACCAAAGUCUGGGUGAGUCUGAUGAGGUUAUUUUCAAGAAAGAAGCCUUUGCUCUACAGCUAUCAAACCUCCCUUCCUCACCUCCCCGUUCCUGCCAUACAAGACACUCUGAGCAGGCAUCUAGAGUCAGUGCGCCCUCUGCUGACGGAUUCAGAGUUCCAUCAAAUGACUAAGUUGGCCAAUGAGUUUGAAUCGACCCUUGGACACCGGCUGCAGCGCUACCUAAAACUCAAAGCUCUAUGGGCUACCAACUAUGUGAGCGACUGGUGGGAGGAAUACGUCUACUUGAGGGGCCGAGGGCCAAUAAUGGUCAACAGUAAUUACUAUGGCAUGGACUUCCUGUAUGUGACGCCAACAUCAGUUCAGGCAGCGCGAGCUGGAAACACUAUCACUGCUCUCAUGCUCUACCGACGCAAAGUAAACAGAGAGGAGCUCACACCGAGUCGCGUUCCGGGCACCGUGAUCCCUCUGUGUGCAGCUCAAUGUGAGCGGAUGUUCAACACCACACGAACACCAGGAGUCGAGACUGAUGUGCUCCAACAUUGGCAAGACAGCGAGUUUGUGGCAGUGUACCACAGGGGGCGUUAUUUCCGGCUGUGGGUGUACCGGGCAGGCCGGCUGCUGUCUCCCAGAGAGAUCGAAUAUCAGAUACAGAGAAUCCUGGACGACUCUUCACCACCGUUUCCUGGAGAGGAGAAACUGGGUGCUCUGACAGCUGGAGACAGGAUCCCCUGGGCUCAGAUGCGGCAACAGUUCUUCACAUCGGGCCUCAAUAAGAAGUCUCUGGAUGCCAUCGAGAAGGCGGCGUUCUUCAUCACGCUGGACGACGAAGAGCAGGGCAUGAAGGGAGACGACCCGGCAGGGAAUCUAGAUCGCUACGCCAAAUCUUUGCUCCAUGGCAAAUGUUACGACAGGUGGUUUGAUAAAUCCUUCUCCAUCGUGAUCUACAAAAACGGGAAGAACGGCCUGAAUGCAGAGCAUUCCUGGGCCGAUGCGCCGACAGUGGCCCAUCUGUGGGAGUACACUCUGGCUACAGAUGCCUUCCAGCUGGGCUACACUGAAGAAGGACACUGUAAAGGAGAGGUGGAUCUGUCGCUGCCGCCGCCUCAGAGGCUGGCGUGGGAUAUCUCUCCAGAGGUCCAGGCUCAGGUCUGCAGCUCCCUGGUGGUGGCCCAGGCUUUAGCUGACGAUGUGGACUGCCACGUCUUCCCCUUUAGGGAUUUUGGAAAGGGUCGCAUCAAGAAGUGCCGGGUCAGCCCCGAUGCAUUCAUCCAGAUCAGCCUGCAGCUGGCCUACUACAGGGACCGUGGUGGUUUCUGCCUGACAUACGAGGCGUCCAUGACCCGUCUGUUCAGAGAGGGCCGCACGGAAACGGUGAGGUCCUGCUCCAAAGACAGCUGUGCCUUUGUCCGAGCUCUGGAGAGUGGACAAACGGAGGAGGAGUGCAGACGUCUUUUCAGAUUGGCUUCAGAGAAACACCAGAACCUUUAUCGAAUGGCGAUGACCGGCGCUGGGAUAGACAGACACCUCUUCUGCCUCUAUGUCGUCUCCAAAUACUUAGGAGUAGAUUCGCCAUUUUUGCACAAGGUUCUGUCAGAGCCUUGGCGCCUCUCCACCAGUCAGACCCCGGUCCAGCAACUGGAGCUGUUUGAUUUGAAGAACAACCCAGAUUACAUUUCACUUGGAGGAGGAUUUGGACCUGUUGCAGAUGAUGGUUAUGGGGUUUCAUACAUCAUUGUCGGCGAGGACCUCAUAAACUUCCACGUGUCGUCAAAGCACUCCUGCAGUGAGACUGACUCCCACAGGUUUGGAGCUCAGAUCCAAAAAGCCCUUCAGGACAUAAUGGCUCUGCUGUCAGCUGAUGCUAAAAGCUCUUCCUCCUCCAAAGGCUCCAACCAGCCGCAGUCCAAGAAGCUCAUCUAAAGCAUGUUAUCCUUGUUACCUCACAGUCCAAGAGCUGUGAUGGGACAGGAUCAAGGUAAUAUCAGGCAUCACAUCCUGGUGAUAAACAAUACCACAGAAAUGAGGUGUUGUUUUUGACAAAACAUUAGAUUUCAGCUAAUAAAAAGAUUAUUUUUCUCCUGUAUAACUCUGAAAGAACAAAUGACAGGCUAACAGGCUGUUUUUUUAUUAUUAUUUUAUUUUAAAUGUAUGUCUAAACAACUACUUGGUAAGAGCAGAAAGGCCUCUCCUUUCUUUAAUAUUAGAAACAUCAAGCUAAUGUUGGCUCUUAUGUUAGCUAUGCUAACUGCUCAGGAUUCUUGCCUUUUCUGCCUUUAAUUUCUAAACCUGGUGAAGCUAUGAUAUGACAACGUUUUCAGUAAGUCCAAGCAAGAGUCAGAUCCACAAAGAGAAAUUUCACCAGGGAGAAAUCAAAGUAAGAAUGACACCGCAGGCGGUGCUGGUACGUCUUCACAAGAGCUAAUCAGGGAACAAUAGACUCACCUGCUGCCUUAUUAGGUGUUCCUUGGUUAUAGCAGCUUAGACCUUUUCUAGCAAGCGGUUACCUUAGCUUCUGUUGGUUUUAUUUCAUCUUGAUCCAAAGUGUCUAUCUGAUAAUGGAGUUUUCUCAUUUUGAAACAGCCAUGCUACAUUUAGUUACUGAAAUCUCUGUUCUUCCUCCUUCUUACACUCCAAUAGUGUUUCAACAAGUCAUCCUAUUCUCUUCUAGAUGGAUAAAUAUAUUCCUUGUGAUUGGCUUAUUUACUGUUUGUGUAGGGCUGCAACUGAUAAUAAUUUAGUUACAGAUUAAUCUAUCAAUUAUUCUGAUGAUCAAUUGAUCAAUUGGCUAAAAGAAAACAUGCACAUUCAGCACUUUCAUUUAAGUCGGUUUUCUGUAAUAUUAGAAAUACAUUAAAAGGUGCAAUUAAACAAAUAAAUAAAUAUUUUUGUAAUUAAGAAAAUAAACUUUUUAUGACCUAAAACACAAUACCAGCAUAACUCCAGUGAAUGCUUGACCAUGUGUAGUAAAGGAAGCAUCUGCAGCUAAAUUAUCCUUCUAACAACACAUGCUUGCUUGACGUAACACAGUGUUGGACUGAUUUGUUGACUUUUUUUUUUCGAUAAAUAAUUGGAUAUCAAAAGGUGCUUAAUUGGAGAUUUAUGUUUUUCCGAAUUUGAAUCAGGUGAAGCUAACACUGCCCCUUGAGGAACUCUGUAUGGAGCAGAUUUACAGACAAAAUUGUUUUUGUUUGUUUUGUUUUUUUACCUUAAAUGCAAAGUGUAUGCAUAUUUUUGUACAAUUUUGGCUUAAUGAAUGCUUUAAGCGUUGUUCUUUAAGCCUUUUUUAAGUUCUGUUUUGUUCAUUUACUAAAUAAUUUGACGAUUAUUUCAAUAAUUAGUUAAUCAGACAGAAAUGCAUGUCUGUUAACACACAUCUGAACAGGUGUGGCUAAUAAAGCAGCAGUUGAAAGCAUAUUAAUGACAUAGACACUGCUAGCUUACCUCACCAUGGUGUUUGUAGCUGCCAUUGUUCCAUUAUGAAGUACGAUCAGAUCUCUACCAGGGUGAGAAGCCACUGACAUGUAAUCAGUUAAGGGUUUGAAUCCCUCUUCGAGGGCCUCAACCCCAAUGUGUGGAACCAGAGCUCUUAAUCCACAAAAUGUAAAUAUUGUAUAUAUCAAAUCAUAAACAGAUGAGGAGAAAUUUGUUGGAACCCAUAAUAAAUAAAUGUAAAAAACCCCAAAAUAUUUUAUGUGCUGCAAUCCAGCCUUUAGUAAAACCAAACAGGUGGUGUCUGAGUACAUUACCAUUUAUACUGAGCUGUUUAUGGCAUAAAGGUUAGCAAGAAGGGAAAGAGAAGCACUUUUUCAAACGUGUUUUGUCAGUGAUUUGUAUUAUAAAGAUGUAGAUAUAAUGUGAAGGAGAUGUGUCAGUACUAGAAGUAGAUGAUCUAGUACAGAUUUAUAUUGCUCAUUUAAUGGUUUGUAUUUGGGGAGGAGGUAAGAGGGUGUUGCGUAAGGGCCCACGAAUGUCCAUACUGCCUUUUUGGUUUACAAAUGUAACUUUGAACAAGACUCCGGCUUCAGCUCCACAUGAAUCGUUGCUCUCAUAGUGCAGUAGUAGUCAUCCUUACUCUCAGCUUCCUUUUAACCACAGGCAGCUUGCUUCGCCAAAAGAAACUUACUCUUUAAUAGUCUUGAGCACAAGACGGUGUAUAAACAUGCCAGGGGUUUCAGCCCUGGCCAUAAGCCUGCUGCCUGCAGAGGCAAAGCCCUGUGCGUGUGUGAAAAUGUUUACUCUGCUCAACAGUAUCAAUGCAAAUGAAAGAAUCAAUGCAAAACCAGCGGGAAACCUCUUACAAUAAAAUGCUCAGCGGUUAUGUUUUAAUGAGAACGUGCUACAGUUUGGCCAGUUUGCUGCUGUUUGUACCGUCAGAAUUUGUAACCCGUCUUGUAAAGUGGUGGGAAAACUGCUUCAUCCCAGCUACAUAAGUCUGCUUAAUGUGUUAGCCUGAAACAUUUUGUUGACACAUGAAAUAUUUAGUAACUAAACAAACAUUGGACACAUGCAGUUCUUUUUCUCUUAGAUUAUCCUUCCAGGAAGUGAUAAAACAGCUCGUCAUUAGCUUUGUUUCCAUUAUAAAUGUGCACAAAACUUAGACAAUAUUAAAAAAAAAACAAUUUCAUAAUUGCUGUGUUUUUAUUAAAUAAGAAAUUAAUUAAAAUCACAUGUGAAUCAGUUUGUUCAUUUAUGAGUCAGUGAAAACCAUCCUCUGACCACUUCCUGUCGUUUAUGCUAGUAGUAAUACCUCAAUGUUGAUCAUGUGACUCGGAUGAUGCAAAAAAUUUGUUUCUAUUGCAGUUUUACAGAAUAAACCAAUUUUGACACAGCCGAGAAAAACUUGUGCUUCAUUAAGCAAUUUUAUUUUCACAAUUUCAAUUUGCACAGUGUCAUUACUAAUAGAAACACAGCUAGUGUCAGUCACAUAAAUACCUUCUAUGAGGUGUCUGUGUGUCCAUGUGGUAAGGAAUGUUUCUGUAUUCUGGAGGUGGAAAAACCACAGAUGGUUGAAAUGUCUGUAAUCCAGACCAUUUCAUUUCCCACCAAAACUGAUGUUGAAAAUAUUCUAAAACUGCCGCCUCAGCACAUUACUUCUCAGAAGCUUGAAAAGAUUUUCUCUGUGAAACCCUGAGGAAUCCCACUGGCUACCUUUAGUUGUUGUGUUUGUCUAUACUCGCGUUCUUUUACUCGUACUGCUGCUUCUUUACCAAGCUACAGCUCUGCUCAACAAAACACCAUUCAUGUGUCAGACGGCUUGAAAAGCUGAGAACACAAAAGACUUUGCCUUUCAAAUUUUGCUGAAGAUAUACUUGAUGACUCUUCAAACGAAUAAUCUCAUCUGGAAGAGUUUCUUAUAACGCUGACACAAUUGUUACCGUGUUGUGGUUUCAGUCUCCGUUAAAUCAAGAUCUUCAACAAACAAACGCGCAUCCCUCAUAGUCCAGCACAUAUUUUUGUCAAAUAUUUUUUAUUCAUACGGUGCAAAAAGCUGUUUGUUUUCUACCAUCUGAUAUUGUUUUUAUUUUUCUCUGUGUCCCCUGACAAAAGCAGAUUUGUUGAAUAUGAUUUCGUACUUUUAUUUCUAAACCGUAUUGAAACAUCUGUUUGGAACUUUGUGAUGGUUUUUGGUUUGUGUUAAAAUAAAUUGUUUACUGACAAAGUUCUGUGUCUUUUGUCUUUU